AUGAUCGGCAAAUCCCUCUUCGCAUCCACCUCGCGCAUCCUCCCACGUCCUACUGCUCAGGGCGCCACCUACCUCCGCAUCUCCCGCAGAGCCUUCGCUACAGAGGCAGACCUCCCAGCCGGCUUCAACCCAGACACGGUCGAGCGUGAAAGCGACGAGUGCGAUGUAUGUAUCGUCGGUGGCGGACCUGCUGGGUUGUCUGCUGCGAUCCGGCUGAAGCAGCUCGAGGCGGAGCGAGGAGGGGAGGUACGGGUCGUAUUGCUGGAGAAGGGCGCGGAAGUCGGCAACCACAUUCUAUCCGGAGCGGUAAUCGAGCCUCGAGCGCUGGACGAGCUCCUGCCUAACUGGAAGGAGGACGGCGCACCCCUCAACCAAGCUGCCACGUCCGACUCUAUGCGCUUCCUCACUCGUACGGCCUCGAUCCCCAUGCCCCAUCCUCCCCAAAUGAACAACAAGGGCAACUACAUCGUCUCCCUCUCCCGCCUCUCCGCAUGGAUGGCCGAACAGGCCGAAGCGCUCGGCGUGGAGAUCUAUCCAGGCUUCGCAGGAUCCAAGCCCGUCUAUACCGCGGACGGCAAGGGCGUCCGAGGCGUCCAGACUGGCGAUGUCGGUCUCGACAAGAACUACCAGCCCAAAGACUCAUUUGAGCCAGGAAUGAACUUCCUCGCCAAAUGCACGCUCAUCGCCGAGGGGGCACACGGAUCGCUGAGCAAGCAGAUCCAGAACCACUUCAACCUUCGCGAGAAUGCCGAUCCGCAGACGUACGGGUUGGGGAUCAAGGAGGUGUGGCGGGUCAAGGACGAGGUGUAUGAGCCCGGAAAGAUUGUGCACACGCUGGGAUGGCCGAUGGACUACAAGACGUACGGUGGGAGCUGGCUGUACCACAUGGAGGACAACAUGGUCAGCCUGGGGCUGGUCAUUGGUCUGGACUAUCAGAACCCGACUCUGAGUCCAUUCAGGGAGUUCCAGCGCAUGAAGCACCACCCCUUCUUCGCCAAGAUCCUCGAGGGCGGAGAAUGCCUCGCGUACGGUGCUCGAGCACUGAACGAGGGUGGUCUCCAGUCUAUCCCCAAACUCCAUUUCCCAGGUGGUGCUCUCCUCGGCUGUUCCGCCGGUUUCUUGAACGUACCCAAGGCAAGUCCCCACUCCCCCAGCUCACGAACCCACGCUGACUCCCAGAUCAAAGGCACCCAUAACGCUAUGAAGUCCGGUAUCCUCGCCGCCGAAGCCGCAUACGCCGCACUCCACCCCGACCUCGCCGACCCCAAAUCCACCACCGAAGCCACCGCGUCCAUGUCGGACGAGACCGACGCCGACGCUGUCAUCGACAUGUCAUCCUACGAGACGGCCGUCAAGGAGUCGUACAUCUGGAAGGAGCUGCACGAGGUCCGGAACCUCCGACCGUCCUUCCACAACCCAUUGGGCAUGUACGGGGGGAUCGCGUACUCGGGCGUGGACAGUUUGAUAUUGAAGGGGAGAACACCGUGGACGCUGAGGAAUAAGAAGGAGGAUUAUGAAGCUACCAAGAAGGCCAGCGAAACGACCCCCAUCGUCUACCCUAAACCAGACGGUAUCCUCUCCUUCGACAUCCUUACCUCGGUCGCUCGGACGGGUACAAACCACGCCGAAGGCCAACCCUCGCACCUCCGUCUUCCGCAAGAAGCGGGCGCCAAGGCCAGGCACACACAUACCAACGUGACGGAGUAUGCGGGGUUGUUGGGCAAUGCGUGCCCGGCGGCGGUAUAUGAGUAUCAGGAUGCGGAGGGCGCGGAUGCGGACAGUGAUGGGAAGAAGUUUGUGAUUAACAGCCAGAACUGCAUCCACUGCAAGACUUGCUCGAUCAAGGUUCCUACCCAGGAUAUCACUUGGACUGUACCUGAAGGAGGCGGUGGUCCCAAGUACAGUCAGUAUCCUUUCCCUCAUCCGUCUGAUUGGGAUAUGAAGCUGACAUCUACAGGUAUGACUUAG